GGCAAAUCUCGUUUGCGAGAAGUCAUUUGCAACCAUGACGGACGCAGGCUUUUUUAAGGGCACAACUGCUGAGCAAGACAAUCGUUUUGCAGACAAAAAGAAGAAAUUGAUGAAAUCCAUGAGAUUUGCAGAGAACUUGGAGAAAAAGGUUGACAUGGCGAAGGUGAACGUUGAUACGUUAAAACCAUGGAUUGCGCAGAAGAUUACAGAGCUGCUGGGACUGGAGGAUGACGUUAUUGUUGAAUUUGUAUAUAAUCAGUUGGAGGAAAGGGUAAGAUACAGAACUGGACAAAGGAGUAUCUUUAAUUAUCAAUCUAAUCGAGUGUUCAUUCAAGAGCUGUGGGAGCUUCUCUGCAGUGCUCAAGACAAUGUUGGUAAGCAGAAGAAGGAAGAGAUAAAGAGGAGACAAUUGACUAAUGCGGAACAGGAGCGCAUCCAGGCAAGUCUGAAGCGCCACGAGGAGCACAUCAGUGAGACGCUGGCCAAGGAGAGGUGGGACAGUGAGCGGAAGGACUGGGACCGCAGUCGAUCGCCCAGGCGUGACAGAAACCGAUCGCCAAAAUAUGAAAAGAACAACAAAGUGGAACAAAGGAAAACUCGUAGUAAGUCGAAAUCUUCAAGUCCACCUGUGACAGUGAAGAAAGAGGAAUCUAAAUCAUCUCUUCCUGAUUCAUCAGGCGAUAAAAAUAGCGAAGCUGCUGUCAAGACAGAAGAAAACACAGAUGCACCAACUGACAGAGUGGAGGCGGUUAAAGAUGAAGAUAACAAGACAGAAAAUACAAAUGAUGUCACAGACAAAAAUGAUGACAAAGAAAACGAUGUGGAAAAGAAAGACAAAAAACCUAAGGACAAAUCGAAAUCAAGGUCCAGGAGUAGAGAUCGCAAGAAGCGCCGGUCACGAACUCCAGACAGAAAGAGAAAAAGAAGUCGGGAGCGAUCACGAUCGCGGAAUCGACGCCGGUCACCACGACGGUAUUCUCCUAAACGCUGGUCACGAUCCCGACAGAGACGCCGUUCUCCUCGCAGAUCUCCGCUACGCAGACAUUCGGACAGGAGGUCACCACUGAGGUCAUCAAGGAGAAGUCCUCCCCCAAAGAAAAUGUCAAGAAGAAGACGCUCGCCCAGUUCGAGUUCAGACAGUGACUCUUCCAACAGCUCUGCAGGAAAGAAGAGAACAGGAUUCGCUGGCAAGGGCAAGUAUGACAGUGAUGACAAGACGUCCCCAGACAAGGUGGGCGUACAGCAGCGCCGUCACUACCGCACUCACAUGGACACGGCAGAGGCUGAUUCAUCUUCCGGCUCAGACUCUGACGAACCAUCCAAGUCAAGAAGACGCAGGAGGUCCGGUUCACCUGGUCGUCACAGACGGAGGUCACCGUCUCCAAGACGACGACCCUCGCCGAGAAGAUUUUCUCCAAUGAGAAGACGCAGAUCACCACCAGACCAACCCGUUACAAAAAGGUUUUCGGCUAGACGUCUAAGAAGCGAUUCUGCUCCAAGAGGAAGUAACCGAUUUCCGAGGCGGUCGGUAUCGGACUCGCCACCACGUAGACGUAGAGAUGUGUCACCUUUUGUGAGGAGGUCUCCUUGGAGAGGAAGGCGAUCACCAUCUCCCAUGAGAGGAAGGCGAACCCCAUCUCUCAUUAGAGGUAGAAGAUCACCGUCGCCUGCCAGAGGUAGAAGAUCCCCAUCACCAGUCAGAGGCAGACGUUCACCAUCACCUGUAAGAGGUAGAAGAUCACCAUCACCUGUACGGGUUAGACGUUCACCCUCUCCUGUUCGACGCCGCGGACCCUCUCCUCCAGUGAGGAGACGCAGAAUGUCCAGUUCAGCUUCUCCUCCAAGAGUCAACAAAAAAACGGCAUCAUCAUCAUCUUCAGAUUCUUCAUCUGAUUCAGACUCCUCCCCAGCCAAGGCUGCCGUUGGUGCCUCUCCUCGCAGGCGAAGAUCCCCAUCGCCGGUACGAAGAAGACCAUCGCCACCUCCAAGAAGAAGAGUGUCACCUUCACCUCCACCUAGAAGGCGAUUCUCGGGGUCACCACCCUAUCGGCGGAGACCAUCCCCUUCGCCACCUCAUAGACGACGUACAUCACCUUCCCCACUGCCGGCUAGACGCAGGGCAUCCCCUGCACCCAGACGGCGAUCUCCAUCUUUACCAGGCAGACGGCGAUCUCCAUCUUCACCAGGCAGACGGCGAGGAAUGCAGUCUCCCCCACCCCGGCACCGUCCAUCGUUUUCCCCACCACCCCCCAGGAGGAGGCCCUCUCCAUCACCACCACCUAGGAGAAGGUCACCGCUGCCUGUAAGCCGAAGACGAUCUUCACCAUCACCAAGAAAACCCUGGUCUCCAUCCAGACAAAGAUCGGAGUCGCCACCUCCCAAGCGACGCCAGCCACUGUCGCCUAACAAAAACAGGACGACAUCUCCAUCACCUGACCGAUUGCAGAAAGUCUCAGUAGAAAAGGCAGCCAGACGGAGAGGCGGUUCUUCAUCGUCGUCAGAAUCUCCUCCAAGAAGACGGCCUCGGCUGUCCACGGAACGAGAUGGUAGCGAGUCACCAGUCAGGGUUGUUAAGAGAAUUCCACUGUCUCCUUCACAGCGAAGGCAGAGGUCUGUGUCGGCUUCACCCCCUCCGCGGAAGUCAUUUUCACCUUCUAGAGAAGGCAAAUCAGUUCCCAAACGUCCACAUCGCAACAGCAGUUCAUCACCAUCUCUUCGUAAGAACAGCUACCAGGGCACUUCACGAAAUCGGUCCCGCGAGAAUUCCCCCGAAGACGGCGGUUCGCCAUCGUAUCGGGCAAAAAGACGCUCUCGUUCUUCACAUAGUCCAGAUGUGAGAGUCAAAAGACGACGUCCAUCGGAAUCGGAAUCGUACUCCAAAGGAGAGUUUGAACAGUUGGACAGAGGUGAUGGAUACCAGAGGGUGAUCACAGUAAAAAAAGAGGAAUUGUCGGAGGGAGCUCGAAGAGGAGAAAGAAUCACUAGUCCUCAGCAGAAUGGGGAGACUCCCAAAAAGAAAUCUAAAUUGGAAAAGGCAGCUUCUGGAAGUGAUUCUGAGUCUUCUGAUGAUCAAGGUUCGAAGAAGAAGAAGAAAAAGAAGGAUAAGAAACACAAGAAGCAUAAGAAGCACAAGAAGCACAAGCACAAGAAAACUGAAAAAGAUGAUGUGUUGUCUGAAAGUGGAGAUGCAGAAAGCUUGGAGGAGCUCGAGAGAAAGUUACGAGAGAAGGCUUUAGAGUCGAUGAAAGCAAAGGCAGUUGAAGCAGGAGAUGGGUAGAAUGGUGAAUGACGUCAUCAUGUAGCAUUUAAAAAAGAUGAAUGGUGUAUCACGCAAUUGUUAAAAUGGUGAGCGAUGUAUCAUGGGACUAUUGAAAUAGUGAAUGACAUGGCGUGAUUAAAAAUUGUGAUUGACUACCACGUGACGUUUAAAAAUGGUGACUGAUGUUGUUCGCACAACUGAUAAAAAUACCAUCACAGUAACCUGAGGUGAGAAGUCAGUUAUCCAGAUUUUGUGAUGAACCCUGUCUCGCUAAACAGUACAAUGAUACUUCAUUUUAUAAAGAUGUGAGCCAGAUUCUGUGCUAAAUCGGUUCAUUUAUCCUUUAAACUUUACAACACCAGUCUCGCUGGAGUAACUUGUUCAGUUUGAGGGUAGUACUGUGUUUGUUCCAUAAUUAAAACCCAUUGUAUAUUUCAUUGAUUUUAAAUGUUUAAUCCAUAGUUUAUUGCAUUAUUUUCUGGGUUUUUUGUUUUGUUUUUUAGGUAGGAAAAUGAACAAUGAUGUUUUGUUCUGCGGUCAUGCACUGUUGUUCAGAAUAUAUUUUCUGAACGAUUUAAACUUCAUAACUCGUGCAUUAUAACCAUAUGGAAAUAAAUUAUAAUACAUUGGGGGGAGGGGGGUUCAGAAUUUGCGAGUAUUACAAUAUAUUUCUUAUAGUCAUUGGAAAAGAUAUAAUUAAAAAUUUGAAGUUUAGAUAAGUAUUAUUUUAUAUGAAAAUAUAUUUUUGGGAAAAACAAGACUGGGGUUUUUAUAUGAGUAAAAUACAAUGUUAACUGACAAUGUCGGUGUUGUUCCUUGUCCUAAUCUAUGCACUAUUGCAUAAUUAGUAGAAAUUAAACCCAUUGCUGAUAACAUUGUCCAAUAAAAAUUUAUUGGUGUGUUUAAUGUUGAAUAAUUAAAUUGCAAAUUAUUAAAGAUGAUUAAAAUUGGAAUUGUUAUUGCAUUGGUACUUUAUGUGGUGUUCGAUAGAAAUAAUUAGUGUGUCUUACAUUUUCCUUUAGUAUUUUUGUGGAAAAUCUACAUUUUGUGAACCUUUUAUUCAAUUGAGUAAUAAAGCUGCAUAUUAGAUAUAAAUAAUAUAUGGCAGCAAGAAGUAUUUUUGCAGUACUAAGAAUUAGCAUGAAAUUUAAAAAAUGGCAUAAUUAAUUUUCCAACUGCUUCAUGAUUUUUAUCUCACUGGACCUUUGAAUUCUGUUGCAAUUAAUUUUUAAUCAGGAUUAAGCCAACUAGAAAAGUUUUUCAACAGAAUAUUAAGAUUUUUAAGAAAGGAUUUAUGAUUUUAGUUGAAAUAAUAUUUUUUGUGUGCCUUUUUUGUGCAGAAAGUCCAUUCCAGUUCAGUCUAAUGGAAUAACAGAAAUGAUAUAUUCUGAAUUUCAGCAGUUGUAAGCAUUACCAUCUUUGAUCAUCAUGUAUACAUACAUCCUCUUAUUGUAUUGCCAAUUAUGUCACUUUUAUUAUGGUUAUUGGAUGUCUCAAUCCUUAGUUUUACAGAAAAGCUAUGGAUUUUGGACACUUUGAAGGUGUUUUAACACCUAUUUUAAAUAGAAUAGACUUCAAAUAAUAAAGAUUAAGUUUUGUUCAGUAAACCUGAAACAGGAUUUUCAUUCUUUUACAAGACCGAUUUAAAAAAAACCCACCACUUGCCAUAUAAAUCAUACACGAUUAUCAAUGUUUCCAGGACUUGCGCUUAUAAAACUAAAGAAUCUACACUUAAAUCUUUAAUUACCCCACAUGCAUGCAAUUUUUAUGGAAUUGCCCUUACCGUUACGUCUUUAGAUGUUAUUAAAAAUGUCUUGAUUUUUCAGUAGUAUGGGGCUUUAGUGAAUGUUACUGGACAUUUGCAGUGUGUAGAUUGCGUGGAUACAAUUGAUUGUUUUAGAAACCUCACACUUGCAUACAUACAUACAUGUAUAUUGCAGCAUAAUGUCUGUUAUCUCAACUUGUAUGCAAUAUUUUUCCUGGUUUCUGUGUAAGAAAUUGUAAGUCAUAUCACUAUGGUAAAUGUUAUGCAUUUUUUCUGCAAGUUAGUCUGCUAAGAAUUAUCAGGUUUUAAAUUGUGUAGAAACUAUUUUGUACAUAGAAAUUAUGGUUAACACUUCUAUACAAUUGUUGCUAUUGAAGACAUGAUUACUUGAUUUUGUUCUAACAACAAUAAAUUACUAAAAUAC